CUAGGUACUCACUUCUUACUGCUUACUUCUUGCACUCACUCACGUUUCGACUGGUCUAGCCUCGUCUGGUCUCGUCUCAUCAUCCACCCCACGCACCCGCAUCCUCCGCCCAGGUUGCACCCCUCCUCCAAUCUCCGCCAAACUCCGGACUUUCCAUAUUAUUAUCGACAUCAUUCACAACCACCACCUUUCAACCUCUUUCAUCGACUCCAGUCUUUGGCCCACACAUCGUAAACACUUCUUGGGACCAAAUCUUUCUCUCUGCACCUUCCACUUCUCUCUGCAGACAUAAUGGAGGCCUCUCCGCCCACCGCCUCGGAACUCAUUGACCUGGCUCCUGAGUUAUUGGAGCUGGUUCUCUCCUAUCUCAACCCAGCUGAACUCGUCGCCUUUGGAACCACCUGCCGCCGUGCGCAUGCAUUUGUCCACCCUAGCAAUCAAAUACUCUGGCGUUCUGCCUUCCUGCAGAAAUUCGACGACCCGAAAUAUGCCUGGGCUCGACUCGCUCACACCGCGCGAACCCAAAACAUGGCCCGCGAAAUGGAUUGGUCCUGGUUCGAGGAAGUCCGCAAGAGGUAUCAAGCUAUACAAGCUGUCCGCCAGGCAACUACCUCUCCCGCCUCUUCUACAUCGGCUACAGACUGCAGCACUGAGACGAUCGUGAAGACGCUUCUCGACAUAGUCGCUACCGCUUCCCAUACCAAAGCGCGAACAGGAGCCACUUCCGCUGCCGCCGCUAACCGCUCUUUGAAUCUGGAUCUUCUCAACAGUCUAUUUCUCUCCUCUGCCGAGUCCGAAGCCCUGGUGCACGACUAUCACCGUACCGUAGAUCUGGAUGCUUCUUCUCUCUUGGAUGUCAUGACAGAACUCUCCAACCGCCCAAUCACACGCUCCAUGCUUGGCCGUACCGUGGCUGUUCCGGUCUGGGCCAGUCAAUUUCAUAUCUUUUACGGCAUGACGGUCAGAGAGAAGGAAUCUCUCCGAUCAAAAUCCCUCGCAAGAGCCAUUGUCUACAAUUGGCUCGUCACCGGCAGCGAUGCAGAUCACGGACCCUUCAAGAGGGACAAGAGUGGCACGGUCAAUUGGCAAGCUCUCGAGGCAGUCACAUCGCUAAUGCACCGCAUCUUUGAGAACACCCGCCGGGCCCACAGCUACUGUAGGCCGUGGGGCUUCCGUAAGAAUGUUACGCACUAUCUUCCUUCCUCGGUAUCGUCAGGGGACUGGGCUGGCGUUAACAGGAUCUGGGUUGGCACGUAUGCCUUCCUUGACUACCGAGCAUUAGUGCAUUACAAUUUCGCCAACCGUGUCGAGCACCCCAUGGACCUUGGCCAGUACGAGGAGGCAUGUGGCGAUCUGAUGCAAUUGCAACUGGAGAUCUCUGAUUCGGAAGAGCUCAAAGCUGACUCUAGGCUUCAGUCGGACCUGCCCUAUUGCAAGGAUCUACCUAGGCUCUACUUUACAGGUGCUACCAGCAACCGCCCGAACGGACGACUACCCAUACUUGUCAAAGGCUUUGUCUGCCUGGUGCCGGGGGCGAAGCAAGUCCGAUGGAGAUUUGUUAUACGCUACGCAGGCUCAGAUCAAUGGCAAUUAGAGGGUGUUCAACCAGGCGGCAUUCGAUCCGGCGGAGUCUAUGGUCUCUGGAGUCAUGUUGACCAUGAAGCCAAUGGGCCAAUUGGACCCUUCUGCUACUUCCCCUCCGAAGCAUGCGAACCAUCGGAAACCGUUUGCUGAUUGACAAUUUGCUCCCUCCACAUACCGAGUACAUUGACCUUUCAAAAU